UUAAUGCCCUUAGACAUGUUAUAAUGAUGUCACAAAAUGAUGGGCAUAGCUGUAAUAUCGUUCUUAUUGUUCCACCACACAAAACAAGGUGAUAGAUUUUGUGUAUCAAAACAAAUGGCAACCACUUUCUUGUCCGUACACCGUUUUCUUCCCUCCCAAAGGAGGGAAAACAUUGGAUACUUGAGUGGUUUCAAGUAUUCAUUGAGUGGAGGAGUUUUGUUCAAUCCAAAUUUCUCUGGGAGACAAUUAACAGGAAGCCAUGGAAACCGUUUUGUUGUUAACUCACUUUUUGGAAUUGGAAGGAAGGUGAAGAAGAGUAUUGUCAGAGAGACUGUGAUUCCUGAACCAGACUACAGAAUUCCAGUUGUACUGCUUGGUAUAGCUGGUGGGUUAGUUUACACAGAUAAUCUAGUGCCUGCAGUACCUGUUGGUCUUCUUGGAUUGCUUCUGUUGGUCCAGGCCACCAGAGUGAGAUUCGUCUUUGAUGAUGAGUCUUUGGAGGUAAAGAUAGGCGAUCAGCUCGAUGAAUCAGGUGAGAAUGCUUUCGUCGGUGGAAAAAACCGUUGGAAGUACUCAACUUUUGUUAAUUGGGAAUUCUGGUGGCCAAACUUCCCUAUCUUGGUUUACUUCAAGGAAACACAAACAAAGCCUGAAGGACAAAUUCAUUUCUUCCCUAUAAUAUUUAAUGGAAAGCAGCUUUAUGACAUUAUGGUGGAAAGAGCCGGCCCUUCAAAAACUAGUGCCCCGAAAGAAUCCUAAAGACUUAGAUGUGUGGCUUGAGCCUCAGGAAUCAAUGUCUCUAGGCGAAUUACAGUUUUGAAACCAUAGAAAUCCUGCAAUGAAGUUUCUGAAGUUUGGGUUGUUGUUCUUUGUAGCUAGUGGAAGAUGACAAACCUUCCAAACAGUGCUCUCGGAUGUUUUAAGUAGCAAACAUGUUGAAGCUUAAUAAACAAAUCAUUUAUUAUUUAGUCUUGCUAGCAUAUAAGCAUAGUACAUCUUAUUUCUUUGAGCUGCCCAGUUAUUUACUUUAUACCGGAGCAAAUGCAAUUUCACAGUACCCAUUUAUAAUUUAUUUGGAUCAUGUUGUCUUCUGUAGAUAAAAUAUGUUUGGACUCCAUAUUGGUUAUGACAGAUCAAACAUGAGAAGCUUUUGUAUUCUGAA